ACAUAAAAAUUCCUUCAAUUAGUAAAGCAAAAGCAUAGUUAACUAAAGUUGAGAGAUGGCAGAUGUUAAGUUGCUUGGUUUAUGGUAUAGCCCUUUUAGUCAUAGAGUUGAAUGGGCUCUAAAGAUUAAGGGAGUGAAAUAUGAAUUUAUAGAAGAAGAUUUACAAAAUAAGAGUCCUCUACUUCUUGAAUCCAAUCCAAUUCACAAGAAAAUUCCUGUGCUUAUUCAUAAUGGCAAGCCCAUUUGUGAGUCAAUUGUCAUUCUUGAAUACAUUGAUGAGGCAUUUGAAGGUCCUUCCAUCUUGCCUAAAGACCCUUAUGAUCGAGCUUUAGCUCGAUUUUGGGUAAAGUUUUUUGAAGAUAAGGGUCCAACAAUGAGGAAAAGUAUUUUUCUCAAAGGAGAGGAGCAAGAGAAAGCUAAAGAGGAAGUUUUUGAGAUGUUGAGAAUUCUUGAUAAUGAGCUCAAAGACAAGAAGUACUUUGUUGGUGACAAAUUUGGAUUUGUUGAUAUUGUUGCAAAUGUUGGGGCACUUUGGCUGGGAGUUCUUGAAGAAGUAUCUGGAGUUGUUUUAGUGACAAGUGAAAAAUUUCCAAAUUUUUGUGCUUGGAGAGAUGAAUAUUGCACACAAAACAAGGAAUAUUUACCUUCAAGAGAUGAAUUACUUGUUCGUUACCAAGCCUAUAUUCAGCCUGUUAUUGCUUCAAAAUGAGUACAACUCAAGUGAAUUUCAAGAUUUUGUGUGACAAUAAAAGUUAGAUAUGGAUUUAUGAUCAGCUUUUGUUAAUUUAAUUGAAGGUUGAUUUUGAAUUG